UAUCCUGGUAAUAAGGGCGUAUUCUGCUUGUCGUCCUUGUUCUGACAACCCCAGACGAAGCACAUGCCCUGGCCCCAAUUGGUGAUUACAAACCUUGUCUUCUCAAAAUACGGAGUAUCGUCCUAGAUCUCUAGCUUGAUUUCCUCUCCCGACAUGCAAGAGCCCGCCACACGCUCCGAAGCUUGAUCAUUUUCGUCUGCCAGGGUUAUAACACCAUGGUUCGCUCGUUUUGCUCACCUGUAUAUAUCCGCUCCUUCUUCCAUUCCUCUCGACCUCGACUCUCACGUUCCAUCCCCGCCUUUUCACCCCCAUCAUACAGAAUCACAUCUGCAGCCAUGGUUCACACGGUCCCCAAACUCAACGACCCCUCCCUCUUGAUUGGCAAGUCUUUUGUCAAUGGCGAGUUCGUCGAUGCCAGUUCUGGCGAAACCUUUGACGUCAACGAUCCAUCUACAGGCAAACUGAUCGGUUCGGUUGCCGAGUUCAACAGAGACGACACCCUCAAGGCCAUCGAUGCUGCUACGACCGCCUUUGCGACCUUCCGCAAGACCCUCCCUCGCGAACGAGCCAACUGGCUCCGAAAGUGGUAUGACCUGAUGCAGGAGAACGCGGAGGAUUUGGCAACGCUUAUCACAUGGGAAAAUGGAAAACCUCUGGCGGAUGCCAAGGGUGAGGUUUCCUACGCGGCCAACUUCUUUCUCUGGUUCAGUGAAGAGGCGCCGCGGGCAUAUGGUGACACUAUCGGCGCUUCUGUCCCGGGAAACCGUAUUAUGACAUUCAAGCAGCCUGUGGGUGUGGCUGGCCUCAUUACUCCGUGGAAUUUCCCUGCUGCCAUGAUCACCCGCAAAAUCGGGCCCGCCCUUGCAGCGGGAUGCACCGUGGUGGCCAAGUCGCCCGGAGAAACACCAUAUACCGCCGCUGCUCUGGCAGAGCUGUCGCGGAGAGCUGGCAUCCCGAAGGGCGUGGUCAACAUUGUGACAGCACUUAAGAAUACUGCUGAAGUCGGAGAAGUUCUCACCACUGACCCUCGCAUCAAAAAGGUGUCCUUCACUGGCUCCACCAACGUGGGAAAACUUCUGAUGAAACAAUCCUCCAGCACUAUCAAGAAACUGUCAUUUGAACUGGGUGGUAACGCCCCAUUCAUUGUGUUUGACGAUGCCCCAGACUUGGAGGCUGCAGUCAAUGGAGCCAUUGCAUCCAAGUUCCGAUCAUCAGGUCAGACGUGUGUCUGUGCAAACCGGAUCUACGUGCAGAAAGGCAUUUACGACGCAUUCGUGGCCAAAUUUGCUGAAAAGGUCAAGGGAUUCAAGGUGGGACACGGUUUUGACUCGGGGGUGACCCAUGGACCUGUCAUCCACAGCCGUGCGAUUGAAAAGGUUGAAUCUCAUGUCAAAGACGCGACAAGCAAAGGGGCCAAGUUGCUUGUCGGUGGCCAACGACUUCCCGAUCUGGGAGACAAUUUCUUCGCUCCCACAGUGCUUACUGGUGCCACCAAGGAUAUGGCGAUCGCCAGUGAAGAGACAUUUGGCCCGGUGGCGGGUAUCUUUCCCUUUGACACUGAGAAGGAAGUGGUCGCAUGGGCCAACGCAGCAGAGGUUGGACUUGCGGGUUACUUCUUCUCUCGUGACGUUGGACGGAUCUACCGAGUGGCCGAGGCCCUGGAAGUGGGUAUGGUUGGUGUCAAUACGGGGUUGAUCUCGGACCCAGCAAGUCCAUUUGGAGGUGUCAAGGAAUCUGGAUUUGGUCGAGAAGGAUCAAAGUACGGCAUUGAUGAGUAUACUGUUAUCAAGUCGGUCACAAUUGGCGGAAUCAGCAAUGAUCUACAGUGAUAAGAAUGGAAAAUGGGUUGGAAUAGCGUUGAAUAGCCAGAUAACAAGCUGCCUGAGCCUGUUUACAUAUUGCCUACAAUCUGUAAGUAGUGCAUGAGAGUACAUGUACAUGUAUCUGAUCAACACAUCUUGUCAAGCAGUGUCUGGCUCUCACGUGACCGGGGCUUUGAUGAGGUUGAAAUGUACUUUGGCAGGAGCAAGGGUGAUUGUGAGUGACUGCCCG